GUUAUGGACUGUGUUUGCACUGACCUGAUAAUUGUUGUACACUUGCUCUUUAUUCUUUACUCGUCACUUUCAGAAUGAUAACAAUCUAUGUGUACUCUUGUCUUCUUUCUGCUCUGAGUGUUGUGGUGGUGAAACCGCUCAACAUAGAUGGACGUGUUGGGACAAGUGUUACAUUCAAAUGCUCCGACUGGAACGGUUGGACUAAUGUAAAAUAUCAUGUUAAGUAUCUUUGUGCUGAUCCAUGCUCAAGAGCCAUCAUCAAAGCAGCAUUUAAAGAGACUGUACGUAAGAAUAGAAUAGAGUUAACUAACAGUGCAGAAGGUUUAUUUGUGACCUUCAUUCAUCUCCAAAAGUCAGACUCUAAGAAAUAUUAUUGUGCAGUGGAGAGAACUGGCCCAGAUUCAUAUAUAGAGGUGAAUCUUAAAGUCAUAGAUGCUGAGUCUUCCACUCCCAAGACAACUCCAAAAUCAUUUGCUGUUACAAAGAGCUCCACAGUGUCUUCAAGCAGCUCAGACAGUAUUACUGAUCUGUCUGCGUCAUAUACGACCCUUUAUACAACACCUACUGCAUCAGCAACACAAGGACUGGGAAGUGUACCAUAUUUGAUUCUGGGUGUCACUGUUAUACUAACCAUACUGCUGGUCCUACUGAAGCUCAUGAGGAAGACGACAAAGAAACAACUGAAAGGUGUGCCAAGUGCUGAGAGACCACAAGAAGACACACCAGAGGAAGUUGAAUAUGAUGAAAUCCGACCUGAAGACUGUGAGCCUGUGAGCCAACCUGCAGGGGUCUCUACCCUCUACUUCUCUGCAGACCCAGGCAGUCUCUAUACUAAUUAUUCCCACCACCAAUAUGUGACAUAUUCAAAAGAUGCUUCCAGCUCUGGGGUCAGUUCAGGGGGGGCGAGUACAGAGAGCACAUAUCACCAGUGUGACUUGAUGUAUUCUGUUGUUCAACGGCCCAAGAAGCAAACUGAAGCCACUGAUCAAUCUGAACCACAUCAGUCUGAAAGCAUUGAGAAUGACUCUCUGUACUCCCUGGCUCAGCUACCACAGACAACCUGAGUGUGGCAGCUGCCAUCCAAAAUGAUAUAAAGGAACUUUAUUGAUCAUAUUGAUCUGUUUGGUUGAAUUCUUUCAUGGAAACAUAGAGAUAUAAUGUUAAGUUAUUUGUUAUUGUUCUUUUAUUUUUAGCAAGCUCACUUUGAGGACUGAAACUUGUGUUAGUUGUCUGUUACCUCAACUAAACUUAACUUUCAGGAUACUGCAGAAAUGUGUGGGGGUGUGCGUCACAUGACCAGCACACCAUAUAGAAACUACAGUAAGUUAGGAUGGAGUUCACAGAAUUCAAACCAUUUGAACUGGUCCUAAAUGUUGGCAUAAACAAACGUCACCACAAAAUUAUAAUAUUAGAUCUGAUUUGUCAAAAGAGUCAGUGUUGGGAAAACAGUGGGUGGGAAGAGCUCUUGUACAAUAUCUAAUGGAGUGCAUGUGUGCAGUUAGUCUGGUCCCGGGACCACACUCAUUGUUUUGUUGGUGUGUUGACUCCAAUAAAAAUCUUGUGCAUCAGA